AUGUUAUCAACUGUCGCUAAUGAAUAUUCAAUAAAAUACAAUCCUUCGAUACCAACUUCGGCUGGUCCGGACUUUAGAAAUAAAAAAUCUUUUGAUGAUCUGUUGCUGCUACCUUCGCUGAAAUUUAAUAACUACAUGAACAAAAAUUAUGUUUGCAUUUCCAGUGAUGAUUCACCACGUUUACCAAGAAUUCAGUAUGAUAAGGAUUUUCAGAAAAAAUACAAUACAGCACCAGCUUCUCCAACACACCACGAUUUUUAUGGUAAUCAUGCUGUCACACCACUUAACUCCCCUUCACUCGGUAAAGCUCAAUUAGUGUCGCCACUACAGAAAUCUGGACUUAGAGAAUACAGACAAUUUCAACCUCGCUAUCCUAGAGUUUCUCAAGAAUCAUUACCGUCAUUGAGACACCUACAACUUUUGCCAGACCCAAGAAUUCAAGAAUCCGCUUACGUUUAUCCAGAUACGUCAGAGUGUACGCCAAUCUGGAAGAGUAAUUUGGUUCAUUGGUGCAAAGAAACGAAUUAUCAAGACUACACAAGAAUCCUGGGCGAAAGGUCUCACGAUCAUUUUCAGUUUUCUAGUCUAUCAACUCGAUUAAACGAUCACAAAGAGGUCCCAUCUGUUCUAAAACCAAGAGAUGCUUUCCAGGACUUAUCAAAUACUUCAGAACAUUCUUCGGCUCCAAUGACACCACCAAUGAGCCCAAACAACUCAGUUACAGAAGCACAACAUACUUCUUCUGUUGAAUUCACACCAUUUGUCAGCGGUAAAUUAAUUCAAACUGUUAAACAAGAUGCCCAUAAAGCAGGUCUUUAUGGCCAUAGGAAAACCAGCAGCUUCAAAGCACUCCAAAUUAAGAAUCUUUUGGAAAAUAGAGACAUUUUAUCAAUUGAUUCAAAAUCCAAUCGUGGCAGAUUUAAGGUAGGGAAAAUUGUUCCCUCGUCAGCCUCAUCCUCAAUUUCAGGUUCUUCGAUAUCAUCUUCAAAUGGCUUGUCAAGAUCGCGAGUAAAUAUAUUCAAUGCAGCAAGACAGCUAGCCAUGCAUUUGGAUCAUGAAGUGAGACAUUCCACUAGUCCAAGUCCAAUACGUCCAACUGUUAUACCUGCUCGUUCUACAACAUCACCUGUAGUGAUAAAUCAAACUAUGCCAACUUCUAUACCACGGUCAAGAUCGAUUUCUCCAGCACGUCCAACGACCCCGCCUUCGUCAUCUUCUAAAUAUCAUAGAUUUGCACUUGAUUCCCCCCAGAGUCCCGUUGUGACAACGAUAAACAAGAAUUUCAGUGGUUCUACAAAAUCUAGCUUAGUUAGACGAAGGUCAAGUGGCAGUUCCAACUCUAACGCAGUCAGAAAGUGCGUUUCGUGUCACGCAAUCGAUUCUCCAUGUUGGAGGCCAUCAUGGUCGGGCAAAAGACAAGAUCAACUUUGUAACUCUUGCGGACUACGUUACAAAAAGACUCACACUAGAUGUUUAAAUGAGAAUUGUAGAAAGAUACCAACGAAGGGCGAAUUGAGCAUAAUGAAAUCAAAUGGUAUUUUCAAACGUAAGAAUCCGGAUAAUACGAUUACUGAAUGCUACAGAUGCUUAUUUUGUAAUCAUUUUACUGAGACUACAGAGCUUACUGAAAAAACAAGACAUAUUCAUGAGGAGCCUCACAAACACGAAAUUACACAAGAAUAA